UUCACCUUCACGUAUUGCAUUUCAUCCCAGAUAUUCCAUCAUAUGUCAAAUAUGACCUCAAUAUCCAAAUCAACAUCCCCAUUAAAGCGAUUCCACUGUGCUCAAUGCAGCAAAACAUACACAAAACUAGAGCAUCUCACGAGACACGAACGAACCCAUACAAACACAAAACCCUUCCAAUGCAAACACUGCGGACGCAGUUUCGGCCGUCAGGAUGUUCUGGGUCGGCACAUGAAGCUUCAUGCGGACACUUCGACUCCUACGCCUACUCCUCCACAGACAGCCCCGGUACCGGAUACGCCGCAGUCGACGGCCAACGGAAAUAAUCAUGGAGAGCUGACGGGUUCCUCGAUGCACAUUGAUGAGUGUAUGAGUAUCGACCCGUUUGGGCAUCAGUCGACGUUGGGGAUGGAUUCUGAUGGGUUGCUGGAGUGGCUUAUGCCGGAUUUUCAUAUGGCGUCUGUUGUUCCGUUGCCGUUUACAGAUUUGCCCAGUGCGGCUCCUGUACAGGGGAAUCUGAGCGAGGCGACGAUAGCUGAUAUCGCGCCUCAUCGGGCAUCUGGGGGAGAAAAAACAGCUAUUCACCAAAUCUACACGCUCAUCGAAGACCUCUCCAAAAGGCUACACUCAGACCUUCACAAUACAGGUAUAACAUCCGCUUUUCUCGACGCUUGUCUUCAUGAAUUCUUCAAUCGAGUUUCCCCCUCUUUCCCCGUUCUCCAUGAACCAACGUUCAGCACUCGUGAAACUAUUCCGCCCUUAUUACUCAACAUGGUAGCCCUGGGCUCGUUAUUCGUCUGUUUGCCGGAUUCAGUGCAGAAAGGAGAGAUUCUCUGGCGACUGGGCCAUACGGCUGUUGCGACGUCGUGGCAGACGCUCAUCGGGCUGAGAGGGCCUCGUGAUGAAUGUGAUGGGGUGCAGGUUGUUCUGACGGCACUCCUGGGACAGACCUACGCUCUAUUGUCUAGUAAUACACAUAUAAGAAUGACGGCCCUAGUGUUCCACGGACUGGGCUUCUACUGGGCGAGAACGUGUGGGAUGUACGCCGUCAAGGAUAUCAGAGCGGACGAAAUACCAGAUCCAGUACACGCAUCUGAGUCUGAAAAGGAGACUGCCUGGAAGAACUGGUCUGCAUGUGAAGUCCAACGACGCGCGAUUCUCGGCCAUUACAUCCUCGAUGGAUUGAUAUCACAGGCAUCUGGUUCUCCGGCUAGUGCGCGCCAUUUAAUCAACUCUAUCAGCUCAACAUGUUCCGAUUCGGCAUUUUCAGCGAAAACGGCAAAUGAGUGGAUUGUCGAGAUGAAACAGUCAGUCACUGAAACUGUACAAAAGCCACUCUCGGAAAUAUCCGUCGCUCUCUUCUCGGACACUUACACAUCUACACCAAUGCAGUUAUCAAACUUCUCCCUGUCAGUCCUAAUGGAAGGACUCCAAUCUCUUGUCUCUGACGUACACGAAUCCACAGGCCCUGUAUUCGGUAUCGUUUCCAGGAAGCAGAUUAUCCACGCUCUACUUAAUCUCUACCACUCCAACCUCUCAUCCAUCUUACCUACCCCCAUCCAACUCCUUAUCCGCUGGCAUACAAUCUGCCUCGAAUUAUGCAUCUCCUCGUCAAUGCUCUAUCGACACAUCUGUGACUGUUACAAAAUCCCACAGACACUCGCAGGGGCAGCUCACCCUCAUAACAACCACCAAACUCGAACUCGACCCUUUGAGUUCGAUACAUGGGCAAAAAGCGCAGAUGCAAUUCGUGCGGUUUUACACGCAACUGCUAUAUCCCGUCUGCUGGAUCAGGUUCCGUUCGGUCAGGCUCAUGCACCGCAUAUCCCUGCGGCGAUAUUUGCGUCUGCCAUGGUCUUUGGUGCCGUUUGUCUCGUUCAUGGGGAGGGGGUUUGUAUACCCGAUGGAGAUGUUUGUUGGGGUGAUGUGUGGGCUGAUUCUGGGUCCGAGUCAGAGUUUGGAUGGGAUGGAUUUAUUCGGUGUCUUGGUGAAGGGAACAGGGUUUCGAUACAUCUGCUGAAUGAGAUGAAAUCUCUACAGACGGGCUUGAAAACGUUUGCAUCGAGAUGGGCUGUUUCUGCACAAAUGGAAGAGGUGAUUCGAUGUUUGGCUAUUGUUUGUCGGGAGAGGUUGAUGUCUAGUAUAUAACAUCAUGGAUAGCCUUCUUCAUCUUCCAUAAAAUCCCAGACUUGUAUAUAUGUACAUUUCAGACGAGAUCAAUAAACAAACCUCCCCGUCCUCCUCCUCACCCACCUCCCGAAGAAAUAAAGCGGCAACCCCAAUAUCAUCACCGCCCAUUGAAUCCCCGCAAACUCAUAAAACAUCUUAUCUACGCCUUCCAUCGACAUCCAGGAAACUGACCCCUUGGCUAGACCGAAUGCAACUACAUUCUUGCUUGCGUUUACCAAUACCAGCGCCUCUCCGCUUGUAGCCGGG